AGAUUGCUUUUUAUUGCCAGUAGAAACGUGUGCAAACACACGCACACACACAUAGAAAAGAAAAGAAUGACAUGCAAAUAAAAUGUAUAACACAUAAAUAAAAGAAAGCGACGACUAGUACUCAUUAUUAUUAAUGAAAUGCAUUUGUUAUUGUCAACUGCUGCGGUUACAUUCGUGUCAUUUUCAUUCCAGUAUUUUUCACUUCCGGGAUAAUUAAGUAGCCAAAGUGAGUCAAUAAUGUUUAAAAACGUUAAACGUUUACAUUAAAUAGGUCAUUGUCCUUAUCAGUAUGCCCGUUUAAAUAUAAUAAUACAUUUUAUUUACAUUUUGAGCAUGUUAUUUUCGGUCAUUAUCGUUACCUGCAUGUCUUUUGUCUUUUUAUUUUCGCGAUGAAAGUCAUUAAUAUAUUAUAUUAAAACAGUGCUGCAGUAAUGGAUUAGAAUGUACAUAAAGCUGCAGUUGUAUUAACAUAUAUGCAGAUGUGGAGCACAGCCCCUCCUUCGUGGAGCUUUGAUGGAAUAACAGCGUAUUACUGGUUAUUACCAAAUAACAACACGGUUAUGAGCCCAAUAACACAAAAAUACCAGCUCACAGAGGGAACGUGAAGGCAACAACGAUUCAUCAAGAUGAAUGUCAGCCUCGGGAAGUAACCCGGCCUCUGAUUGGCCGCGGUGCGUCACGUGACCAUUUCCCAAGCGGAGUUUCCACGACAGCUGGAAGCCGAGCGGCACAGACGCAUCGCGUCUUCUUUUGCUGAAAUUGUCGGAAAUAACGCGACUUUGUGCUCGUCUCAGCGCCUUCACAGGAACCCUGGUCUGGCAUGGGCGACAAGAGGAGUCCCACAAGGCCGAAGCGUCAACCGAAGCCCUCCUCCGACGAGGGGUUUUGGGACUGCAGCGUGUGCACAUACAAGAACACGGCCGAGGCUUUCAAGUGCAUGAUGUGUGAUGUGAGGAAGGGCACUUCAACAAGGAAACCUCGUCCCGUCUCCCAGCUUGUCUCGCAGCAGCAGGUAACGCAGCAGUUUGUGUUACCCUCGCAGCCCAAGAAGGAAAAAAAGGAACGGGUGGAGAGGGAAAAGAGCGACAGAGAGCCGGCGCUCAAGAAGAACAGUCACAAGAAGAUGAGGCCAAGAUUAAAAAACAUUGACAGGAGCAGCGCCCAGCACCUGGAGGUGACAGUUGGGGACCUGACGGUCAUCAUAACAGACUUUAAGGAGAAGGUCAAGCCCUCGUCCACCUCGGCAACGUCCUCCAGUGCUGCGUCGUCGGUGGUCGACCACCACAGCCAAAAUGGCUCCAGCUCAGAAAACACAGAGAAGGGGCUUUCCCGUUCUUCCUCACCCCGGGGCGAAGGGAGCUCAGUCAACGGCGAAUCCCACUGAGUCACCCCCCCCCCCCCCCCCUUCAAAUCCCCCCCUCCCCCCAUCCACAGUCUCAUCCGCAAGUCACUGGAAAGGAAUCCUUACUUUCAUGUUUGAGCUGCACAACACUUUUUAUGUUCACUUCCCUCUGGAUUUGUGACAGAGGGAGGUGCCAACCCGUCAGAUUCCACAGGUUUAAAUCAUUUGAAAAGAUUCUCCACGUUUAGAAAGCAAUAUGAAAUGUCCCAAGCUUCAUCUUAAAAAAGUUGCAGUAGCCGACAUCACAAGUCAGCGUUUCGACCGUGUGCUGGGGACUCUCGGUUCGACUCCAGCUGCACCUGCCUUUCUGAGAUUUCAUCGUUUUUCCAUAUUUUUGUCCAACCAAAUGUGCAGCCCCCACCCGUGGUAUCAUCUUCAGUGGCAGGCAGAAUGACCUUUUCUCCCCCCUGUGGAAUUCUCAGCCUCUGUCUGGAUUCUUUACCUACCUGUCAUAAACCUGAAGCCUCUAGUACACAGUGUCCUUUCACUGAACUUUCACUCCGACAGUGUACCUCCAACUCCUGAUCUUGAUGCUCCCAAGCUUUUACUUCUGAACUGUGUCUCCCGAUGAGUGACUUUUUUUUCGACACAGCGUAGUUGCCACACCUCCGGCACCAGUCGUUGAUUCGCAUCAUGUUUGGAGCAGCUCGUUUAGUUCAGUCAUGCUUAUGUCGUACGUAAUGGGACAGAUAAAGUACAGCAGAUGAUUUUUAAAAGGUUAAUACCGGUGUCAUUUUUCUUGUUCAAAUUUGUGCCACGGUCACUGCGAGACGGUUAUUUUUCUAACUUGGCCGACCAUUCGAUGUGUUCAUUAUCUUUACGAUCACUAGCGAACUCGCAGUGCGGAACUUUAAUCACCUCCUCUCGCAGUUAAGGUAAUGACACAAACACGGUUGUGCUCUUAAGCUGUACAGCAUGCCCAUGCCUUUGAUCAAGUUCUCUCUGAAAGCUGAAUUUCUUUUCUUCUUUUUUUUUUUUAAAACAGAGCAGCAGAAACGUAUCUUGGAUGCUACCGCUAGUAGCUAUAGAAUUCCAUAUCACUAAGGCUGUCACCUUAUCUUUCAAAAUCCCAUUAAUCUGGAGCUCAUAGUUUGUGUUACCUUAGCAAGGGCUUGAAUGUUCUGACCAUUCAUUUAUGCGCAAACCCCGCAUUCCAGCGUUAGGUGAUAUUUUUGAUAUAAAACAUAGGAAGAAAUUGUGAUUUUGGAAAAAAAAAAAACGUUAACUGGCUAGCAAUUUGUUUUUAGUUUCCACACCUCCACGUACUUGUAGCCCAAACAUCGAUCCUUCAUGUCCGGCAAACCAUUUCAGAGAGGCUGCUUUUACUUCCUGUCUAGCAUGAAACGGCACAUUUGCAAUUAGCGAGCAGCUAAUAGAGAAAGUCUUUACCAGAUACUAGAUAACUAGCAAGGUAUUUUGUCAAGCUGUUAUUCUGCCUUUAAACCCAUGCUGCCCAACAUAGAACUAGAAAGAGUUGCAGCGCAUUACGCUCCAUGUGGACAACUUAUGUGGCUGAGACAUAACAGAGAACUGGCUAGCUAAUUGUUUUUAGUUUCCACACCUCCACGUACUUGUAGCUCGAACAUCGAUCCUUCAUGUCCGGCAAACCAUUUCAGAGAGUCUGCUUUUACUUCCUGUCUAGCAUGAAACGGCACAUUUGCAAUUAGCGAUUAGCUAAUAGAGAAAGUCUUUACCAGAUACUAGAUAACUAGCAAGGUAUUUUGUCAAGCUGUUAUUCUGCCUUUAAACCAAUGCUGCCCAACAUAGAACAACUCAAUGUGAACAACUUAUGUGGCCGAGACAACAGAGAGACAAACCACUCAAAGAAUCGCCCGUUUUCAGCAGCGCUGUCGCUAAAUACACCAGAAUCCUCUGUUAAAUAUUGAGAUUUUAGAAAUUUCCUUGCUAAAUGUUGGAGAUUAACGCAUAUUUUCUGGAUUUUUUGAGUCUUUUUAACUGGUUUACAGUUAAAAAGACAUCCAAGGUGGGAUACAGCCUGGACAGGUCGCCAGUCAUUCCUCGCAGGGCAAGCACACACAGAGACAAACAACCUUUCACCCUCACAUUCACACCUAUGGUCAAUUUAGAGUGUCCAUGUAACCCAACUGUGGGAUGUAGCCGGAGAGAACCCCCGCAGACAUGGGGAAAAAACAUGCAAACUCCACCCAGAGGCCCAUGGUAAAUCCAGGAUUUGAACUGGCUUCUUGCUGUGAGGCAACUGUGUGACCCCUCUUGAGGAAUCCCAUGAUGGCAAGUACACAACUCUGUAACUUGUAUCCUGUUUUGGGCCAAAUUCAAUACAUUCUAUACACACUUUUUAAGCCCUAGUGACCUCUGAAAGUGCACUUUUGGCUUUCUUCCCAUUCCCUUAGAUGGGAGCCUGGUCUAGUUAGCCUGUAAUAACUACCCAGGGGUAUUGCCAAGAUGGCUGCUUCAUAAAGAGACUUACAUAUAAGGACUUGGGUCAUGCUUUUACCCAUUUUACUGAAAAUACACUAUGUCCACAGAGCCUUUUACUAACCACGUUUAUUGUUGAUGGCAUGAUUUCAGCAUUUUCACAGCCUUCCAAAUUCACAUCAUUGGAUCCCUGCUUUUAUUUUCUAUAAAUAGGAGCCAAUUUUUGAGUCCAUUUUCCGUUCACUGCUGUAAAUUUUGUCUAAGAAACGGUGAAGGAGCAACCGUCGGCUAACUGCGGAAGACGUGGAAGCUGCGAAUGGCACCGGUAUUGUCCCUUUAAUCUCUGCUGCACAAAUGGAACUGUCCCAGUGGGAAAACCACAGUGCGCUCACACUGUUCUGCUGCCACGGAGGACCCAGUUUUGGACCCAGGAGGGUGCUUGUACAACUGAAAAGGGGUUCUUUGAGCUCUGGACAUAUUUAUGAGCUAUAUAGAGGACAUCCUAUGGUGUGAUGGGACGUCACAAACUGUUUUGACUUCCUCCGUUUUGAUGAUACAAAGUAGAGGAAACUUUAGAGUAUACUAAACUCCCAGCAGAACUAUAGAUCAACCUAACGUCACAAUAACUUAUAAAAAACCUGUAGAUUAACUACACAAAUAAAAUGAAUAUUUCUAAAAAAAAAAUAAAAAAAAUAUUGUACUACAAUGUCUUGACGUGGCUGUAUUAUCCAUCAUAUCAGUGUUAUUGACUUUUGUUUUUUUUUACUUAAAAAAACACUUUAGCACACAUGGGGAGAGCUGUCAAAGCAUGAUAAUACUACAGUCUGUAUAUUGUGGGACAGGUAAUGUCUCUUAGUUUGUUAGUUAUCGUUUAAUGUGUCAGAUGUACUCUCGUAGGUGCACUACACUAGCUGGGACUAGGUGUGUGGGCUUGUGAGAAUUGUUCAGACAGACAUUUGUUAUUUGGUUGUUACCGAAAAUGGAGGACACUAAACAUGUGUGUGAGUGUCAUGCAUUGAUAUGUUUUUGCUUGUUUUCUUUUGGUUUGGUUUGCUUUGCCAUGCUCAAUGUGUGAACUGUUUAUUACUUGUCUGAAUAAGAAAAUAAGAAAAAGAAAAAAAGUCCUGUUCUUAUGCUCACGGUUUUAUUUUUUUAUUUUUUGGUCACUUUUCUUUACACGCAGAUGCGCAUACACACCCUUUAAAUGUUUGUUUGCCCCCCUUUUAAAGCAGGGUACUUUUUAUUUUAUUGUGCAUUAUAGCUCCACCUGGUGAAUGACUCAUAACUUGCUGCUCAUCUUCAGCUGUGCAUGAAUGUUCAGAGUUUACAUAACAGAUGGGGCCCAUCAGGCAGCUCAGCAUGCCCACCUUUUCAUUUAAUUUUUUUUUACAAUUUUUUUUGCUUAGCCAUGCAAUAGUUGAGGCAUAAAUAUUCACGACAUACAUAUAUAUGAAGGAGUAGCUAUUAACAUAUAGGGUAUGGUUUACACAUGAAUGGAUUAACCACAACAUCAGUUAAUAACCUUGUUUUCCCCCCUCACUAAAUGAAAAUACAAUUGACGUUCUGCUGUUUGUCUAAUGCAGCCACCUCAAUAAAGACGACCAGUCACUUGAA